AUGGAGAGCCCCGCGGGCGGCAGCGCGGCGGCGGAGCCGGCGCACCCCGGCGCCGAGCCGGAGCCCGCGGCCCCCGGCGCGGCCGAGGCGGAGGCGGCGGAGGGCGGCGCGGCGGGGUCGCGGCCGCCGCGGUGCCUGCGGGCCGUGUACGUGCUCAACGAGGCGCCCAAGGAGGGCGCCGGGGCGCGGAGCCCCGAGGCCGGGGCGCGGCAGUGCCUGCAGCGGGCCUGCGAGGCCGAGGGGGCCCAGCUCAGCGUCGUCAACUUCGGGGAGCUGGACUUCGGCGAGACGGCGGUGCUGGACGCCUUCUACGACGCGGAUGUUGCAGUUGUGGAUAUGAGUGAUAUUUCCAAACAGCCAUCGUUAUUCUACCACCUUGGUGUUCGUGAAAGCUUUGACAUGGCAAACAAUGUUAUACUUUAUUAUGACACUGAUGCUGAUACUGCUCAAUCUCUCAAAGAUAUAGUAUCCCAGAAAAACACAGCUUCCAGUGGGAAUUAUUAUUUUAUUCCCUACAUGGUCACACCUUGUGCUGACUACUUUUGCUGUGAAAGUGAUGCCCAGCGAAGAGCUUCUGAGUAUAUGCAACCCAGCUGGGACAAUAUCCUGGGGCCACUUUGUGUCCCACUGGUGGAUAGGUUUAUCAGCCUUCUCAAGGACAUUCAUGUUACAUCAUGUGCCUAUUAUAAAGAAACACUCCUAAAUGAUAUUAGAAAAGCUAGAGAGAAGUAUCAAGGGGAUGAACUGGCUAAGGAGCUGGCCAGAAUUAAGCUUCGUAUGGAUAAUACUGAAGUGCUGACUUCCGACAUCAUCGUAAACCUGCUUCUUUCUUAUCGAGAUAUUCAGGACUAUGAUGCUAUGGUGAAGCUGGUAGAAACAUUAGAAAUGCUUCCAACCUGUGAUCUGGCUGAUCAGCACAACAUUAAAUUUCAUUAUGCUUUUGCAUUGAAUCGGAGAAACAAUGCAGGUGACAGGGAGAAAGCACUACAAGUUAUGCUUCAAGUCCUGCAGACGUGUGAUCACCCUGCUCCGGAUAUGUUUUGCUUAUGUGGGAGGAUCUACAAGGAUAUGUUUCUUGAUUCUGAUUGUAAAGACACCAGUAGUCGAGAUCAUGCCAUUGAAUGGUAUCGCAAAGGUUUUGAACUCCAGUCAACUCUGUACUCUGGAAUUAACCUUGCAGUUCUGCUACUUGUUGCAGGGCAACAGUUUGAAAGCUCAAUGGAACUGAGGAAAAUAGGUGUACGGUUAAACAGUUUACUGGGAAGAAAAGGAAGCCUAGAAAAAAUGAACAGUUACUGGGAUGUGGGGCAGUUCUUCAGUGUGAGCAUGCUGGCUAAUGAUGUUGGUAAAGCAGUACAAGCAGCAGAGAAACUUUUUAAGCUGAAGCCUCCAGUAUGGUACUUGAAAUCCUUAGUUCAGAAUGUGAUGUUAAUUCAGCAUUUCAAGAAACUCACCAUAGAACAUUCUCCCAGACAAGAAAGAUUGACAUUCUGGCUAGAUAUAAUUUUUGAGGCAACGAAAGAAACAACUAAUGGACUGAGAUUUCCAGUUUUAGUGAUAGAGCCAACUAAAGUCUACCAGCCUGCAUAUGUAUCAAUCAACAAUGAAGCAGAUGAGAGAUCUCUGUCUUUGUGGCAUGUCUCACCCACUGAAAUGAAGCAGAUUCAUGAAUGGAAUUUUACAGCUUCCUCCAUUAGGGGAAUAAGCAUCUCCAAGUUUGAUGAGCGAUGUUGUUUUCUUUAUGUCCAUGACAACUCUGAUGACUUUCAAAUCUACUUUUCUACAGAAAACCAAUGUAGUAGAUUCUGUGGUUUGGUUAAAGAAAUUUUGUCUGAUGCAGUUGGCAAUACUUUGGAACUAGAAGGAGAAACUGAUGGUGACGCUCUGGAGUAUGAAUAUGAUUAUGAUGAGAAUGGUGACAGGGUUGUUCUAGGAAAAGGUACUUAUGGGAUAGUUUACGCUGGAAGAGACCUUAGCAAUCAGGUCCGAAUAGCCAUCAAAGAAAUACCUGAGAGAGACAGCAGGUAUUCUCAACCUCUUCAUGAAGAGAUAGCACUACAUAAAUAUUUAAAGCAUCGGAACAUUGUCCAGUAUCUUGGAUCUGUUUCAGAAAAUGGAUACAUUAAGAUUUUUAUGGAGCAGGUACCAGGAGGCAGCCUCUCAGCUCUCCUAAGAUCUAAGUGGGGUCCAAUGAAAGAACCCACUAUAAAAUUUUACACCAAGCAGAUUCUGGAAGGGCUUAAGUAUCUGCAUGAGAACCAGAUUGUGCACAGAGAUAUAAAGGGCGAUAAUGUUUUGGUGAACACCUAUAGUGGUGUGGUGAAGAUUUCUGAUUUUGGUACUUCCAAGCGGCUGGCAGGAAUCAAUCCAUGCACUGAAACGUUUACAGGCACCUUGCAGUACAUGGCUCCAGAAAUUAUUGAUAAAGGACCGCGUGGAUAUGGUGCACCAGCUGACGUCUGGUCACUAGGUUGUACCAUCAUUGAAAUGGCAACAGGCAAACCUCCUUUUCAUGAACUAGGGGAGCCUCAAGCAGCAAUGUUUAAAGUUGGGAUGUUUAAGAUUCAUCCUGAAAUUCCAGAGUCGCUGUCUGCUGAAGCAAGGGCUUUUAUUUUGCUCUGUUUUGAACCUGAUCCUGGUAAACGUGUUACAGCAUCUGAUUUGCUCAGAGACUCCUUUCUGAAGCAAGUAAACAAGGGCAAGAAAAACAGAAUUGCAUUCAAGCCUUCAGAUUACAAUCGUAAUACAUCUCUUCCACUGCCGAUCCACGGAGAACAGGCUGGCAGUAGCAGCAGUGAGCAUGGGUCUGUUUCGCCAGAAUCUGACAUACAGCAUGACAUGUUUUUUGAAAGGCCAAAGAGAUCUAUUUCAGAGAUUCAGACAAAGCACCACAUUUCCCACUUAUUAAGCGUGCCUGACGAGAGCUUGGUCUUGGAGGACAGGAGCGCGUCUUCUCCUGUGGAGGACAAGGAUUCUGGCCUGUUUUUGCUGAGGAAGGACAGCGAACGUCGAGCCAUUCUGUAUAAGAUUCUUAAAGAAGAACAGAAUAAAGUUGCUUCAAAUUUGCAGGACUGUAUUGCACAGAGUUCUGAAGAACUGCUACUUUCAGUAACCCACAUCAAGCAAAUUAUUGGGAUUUUAAGGGACUUCGUACACUCUCCUGAGCACAGAGUGAUGGCUUCUACCAUAUCCAAGCUGAAAAUGGAUUUGGACUUUGACAGCACUUCCAUCAAUCAGAUUCAACUGGUGCUGUUUGGGUUUCAGGAUGCGGUGAACAAAGUAUUAAGGAACCACUUAAUAAGGCCCCACUGGAUGUUUGCAAUGGAUAACAUCAUUCGCCGCGCAGUGCAAGCAGCAGUCACUAUUCUCAUUCCAGAGCUUCGAGCUCACUUUGAGCCAGCGUCAGAAACUGAAGGUGGGGACAAAGAUGCUGAGGAAGCGGAGGACAGCUACCAGCCCACUGAACCAAACGGGACUGAGGAUCCAGCCGUUACAUCAGGAGUCGGCACCCUCAGUUCUGUGGUGUCGCAGGAGGCUCAGCAACAGCUUAGCGUGGAGUUGGGCAGACUUAAACAAGAGACCUUAAGGCUUUUGGAAAACCUAGUUCAGAAGGAGAAAGAGUAUCAGACCCUCUUACGACAAUCUUUGGAGCAAAAAAUUCAGGACUUGCACUUACUUCAAUUAAAACUUAAAGCUGAAGAUUCCCAACAGUCUGCAGCAACUCUUAGAGAGAAUGCAGACCCAGAGCUCAUGAACUGGCUGAAACAACAAGGAGCUGACUUGGAUGCCAUUAAGAGGUUUACUGAAGAGGAUUAUACUCUCAGUGCUGUCCUUAAUGAUAUCACUAAGGACGAUUUGUGGCAUCUACAACUACGUGGUGGUCUUCUCUGCAGAAUUUGGAAUGCAAUAUUAAUCCACCGGCAAACAUCUAAGACCUCAGAGGCAGAAGGUUAAUUCUUUGAAAAUGGGAGUAAACAAAUGAAGACACAUUCCUAAGUUAUUACAUGUAUAUAUGUAUGUAUGUAUUGUAGCCUUGCAGGUUUUGCGCAAUUAUAUAGCUUAUUUGAUUAUUAGUGUAAUGCACAGUGAACAGUAACAGCUUCUAAGGCUUUGUUAAUGCACCUGUAUUAUUUAUCACAGCAUAACACAGAAUUCAAAUGCCCAAUGCAAAUGUAAAGCAAUAGCUGAGAAAAAGCUUUUCAGAAAAAGUUACCACCCCUGAACUGGAUUUAACAUUUUGAAAAUUGUAAACUUUAUGUGGCACAGUUCUCUCUGAUGGUUUGAGCAGGAAGCAAUUAAGCUCCAACAUGUAUGUCACCUAUUCAUAGACAAAUGUAUAUAGCAUUUUACAAUAAAGCAGCUGUCACUGAA